AUGGCGGGAGGCAAAAUCAAGAGAGAGCGGCCGCAGAGAGGCGGCGCCGGGGCAUCCAACCCUCAUUUUCAAGGGGGUAUUCCUUUCCAUAAGUCGAAGGGCCAGCACAUACUGAAAAACCCGCUCUUGAUCGACUCAAUCGUUCAGAAAUCCGGCAUAAAACCCACCGAUGUCAUCCUCGAGAUAGGUCCCGGCACCGGUAACCUCACUAAAAAGCUUCUCGAAGCCGGAAAGUCCGUGAUUGCGGUGGAGCUUGAUCCUCGUAUGGUGCUCGAGCUGCAACGCCGAUUCCAAGGAACCCCAUAUUCGAACCGAUUGAAGGUAAUACAAGGAGAUAUCCUGAAAUGCGACUUGCCGUAUUUCGACAUCUGUGUUGCCAACAUCCCGUAUCAGAUCUCUUCCCCUCUUACCUUCAAGCUGCUCUCCCACCGGCCCCUCUUCAGGUGUGCCGUGAUCAUGUUCCAGCGAGAGUUUGCCAUGCGCCUGGUGGCCCAUCCGGGGGACACGCUCUACUGCCGCCUCUCAGUCAACACUCAGCUCCUUGCCCGCGUCAACCACUUGCUGAAAGUCGGGAGGAAUAAUUUUCGGCCACCACCAAAAGUCGACUCGUCUGUGGUCAGAAUCGAGCCUCGAAAGCCCCUCCCGCCCGUUAACUUCAAAGAGUGGGAUGGCCUUGUCCGAAUCUGCUUCAACCGCAAGAACAAAACUUUGGGCUCCAUAUUCAGGCAGAAGAGCGUGCUUUCCUUGCUCGAGAAGAAUUACAAGACGCUGCAGGCUUUACAGCUGGCGCCCGACGGGCGUCAGGAGGAUGAUGAUGCAGAGAUGGCCGCGUGUGUUUCGGCUCUUGGGGACACUCUCGGUGGGAUGAGUGUCGAUGGUAAAGACGAUAGUGACAAUGAUGAUGAUAAUGAGAUGGAGAUGGAUGAUGGGGAAAAUGAUAAUAUCAAUGGUGCAAAGGGCUCGGAUUUUAAGAAUAAGGUUUUGGGGGUGUUGAAGAGCGGAGGGUUCGAGGAGAAGAGGUCAUCGAAGCUGGCGCAGGCAGAUUUUAUGCACCUACUAUCGUUGUUCAAUAAGGCUGGGAUUCAUUUUUCGUAG